UCCUGUACCGCUAUUUCGCAUAAGAAACACGGUCGUCCGGUUCUUUGGCCUUUCCACCUCGUCAAUUGACACUGCUUCAACACAGUCCCGUCGUUUCUAUAUCUAAUAGUUACUUUCGUCCGCCGCCACCAUGUCUCCCACUGCGCUUGAACAGGAGGACCACAGCCGUGAUGCCGCCUUCAACAAGGCCAUGCACGGCACCUCGGCGAAGGCGCGCGGCGGUAUGGCUGCCAUGCUGCAGAAGGACAAGGGUGCGCAGCAGGCUGCCGUGGACGAGUACUUCAAGCACUGGGACAACAAGGCCGCCGCCGACGAGACCGAGGAGACACGAAAGGAACGACGAGACGAGUACGCCACCCUGACCAGGCACUACUACAACCUGGCGACCGACCUGUACGAGUACGGCUGGGGACAGUCGUUCCACUUCUGCCGUUAUGCGUACGGCGAGUCCUUCUACCGCGCCAUUGCCCGCCACGAGCACUACCUUGCCCACAAGAUGCAACUCCAGGACAACAUGCGCGUCCUGGACGUCGGCUGCGGUGUCGGUGGCCCUGCCCGUGAGAUUGUCAAGUUUGCCGGCGUCAAUGUUGUCGGCCUCAACAACAACGACUACCAGAUCGAGCGUGCCACAGCAUAUGCCGAGAAGGAGGGCCUGUCAGACAAGCUGUCCUUCACCAAGGGUGAUUUCAUGCAAAUGUCGUUCCCUGACAACUCGUUCGACGCUGUCUACGCCAUCGAGGCUACUGUCCACGCCCCAUCCCUAGAGGGCAUCUACAGCGAGAUCUUCCGCGUGCUGAAGCCUGGCGGUGUCUUCGGUGUGUACGAGUGGCUGAUGACGGACAAGUACGACAACGACAACCCCCACCACCGCGAGAUCCGUCUUGGUAUCGAGAUCGGUGAUGGCAUCUCCAACAUGGAGAAGAUCGAGGUUGCUCUUGCGGCCAUGAAGGCUGCCGGGUUCGUCAUGGAGCACCACGAGGAUCUCGCUGACCGCGACGACCCCUACCCCUGGUACUGGCCUCUGUCUGGCCAGCUCAAGUACAUUAGCACCAUUGGCGACAUCCCCACCAUCCUUCGCAUGACCAAGGUUGGCCGUGGUCUUGUCCACAGGUUCGUCGGUGCUCUCGAGACGAUCGGUCUGGCACCCAGGGGUACCCAGAAGACGGCAGACAGCCUUGCGCUCGCCGCCGACUGCCUGGUCGCUGGUGGUCGCGAGAAGCUCUUCACGCCCAUGUACCUCAUGGUCGGCCGCAAGCCCGCUGAUGCGUAAGCGCGUUGGACUCUUUACAUUCUUGCCGCAUGUUGUUCUCUAGACCAUUUUGCAUCGAGGCCUGUUUCGCCUCGACUUCGCUUCUACGAGCACCGUCUCCAGCCUUGUACCAAGCGUCGCAAAAGGCGCGUUAUAUAUGCAUGUAAUAUCUAUAGAGUCUAGGGGGGUAAUGAGAACGCGAUUUAUGGCCAUGACGGCAGCUUCCAGCAACCAUGCCAGACCAAUGUGUUU